CUGAGGGCAAAUAAGCAGUUCAGUACAGAUAGUACAGCAGAACGCUAUAGUUUCAGAGGUGUUGCUCUGAAAAUCCACGUCCUUAUGUUCUGAUACAUCUCCUUUACUGUCGCCGUGCAACCAGUGGUUCCCACAACAUCCCCGAUCCUGAGCUGGAAAUGUGGUCAGCUAUUGCUUUCUAGCUGAUACAGUGUACCACUUAAAAGGAUGAGAUUCUUGAGUUUGUGGACGGGUUUGGGUGAUCUUCAGUGCAACUUGAUGUAUUAUUUCUCACGUGUAUUCUACAACCCACCAAGGUCUAGGAGUCACGUUGGCUAAACAUUAACUAAAUGCAUUAAAUAGUGCUUUGCUUUAUUCAAGAGCACAUUCCCAAUUGAACUAAAUAUCUUGAAUUGUGUUAGAGGAGCAUGCAAAUCAUAUAUAAGGAUAGUAUCUAUAGCAGAGAUUGUUUGUUAGAGUUUGGUGUAUUCUCAUCAUGAAUAUUUUGUCUAUGCAGAGCUUGUUGUAAGAGAAAAAACCAUCAGUAUCAGCAUGAAAUUCGAGAUACACAACUCCUAAAGAGUCAGAUCAGUCAUAAUGUGGCCAAAUUCAAAUUUGUUUCCCUAGACCUACUUCUGUGUUAGGCCAUGCAAUUGGCCAAUAUAUAAGAUGCAGAGGGAAGGAUGCUACUGGUGAGGAAGUAGUCAAGCCUUAUACUCCGACUACACUGGAUUCUGAUAUUGGAUACUCUGAGCUUGUUUUAAAGGCAAAUAGUUCUCUUAGAACAUGACCAACCAUCGACAAUUAUGAGCUGUUAUAUCAUGUCAACUAUUGUGUUAUGAUUGGUUGCCAUGACGAGUAUCCCUCCCAGCCCCCUGCGCCGCCGUCUGCCUCUGACGAUUCCGCACGCGUGUAGGCAACAGUGGAACAAAUUCAGACAUUCAAAGAUAUCCGUCCGUCAAAAUAUUCAGGAAGAUAUGGCCGAUAUAAGUGCUGAGUGUAUGGCUGAGUACGACGACAUUGUCAGCAGGAUGUUUGAUAGCGAGGAAGAGGGUUUUGAGUUCUAUAACAAGUAUGCUCUUGAGAAAGGCUUUAGUGUGAGGAAAGGAUAUGUUGAGUGGGAUGAAGCGAACGAGAAGAUAAUUCUGAGGAAACUUGUUUGUAGUCGUGAAGGUUGCCGUGAAGAGAAGCACAUGAAGAGGAAGAGAGAAGAUAGGAAGAGGAAGCCACAGAAUAUCACUCGUGUGGGGUGUAAAUCGAAAUUUGUCAUUGCAAGAGUCGCGAAAACAGGGCGUUGGUUUGUGAAGGAUUUCAUCGAUGAACACAACCAUCCUUUGGCCCCACGAGACCUUGCUUGCUUUUUGCGUUCCCACAGAAGAAUCAGUGACGAGCAGAAAGCGGACAUUAUAGAGAUGCAAAGUGUUGGAAUCCGGAAACACAAAAUCAUGGAUGUGUUGUGCAUGCAGUCCGGUGGAUAUGACCAUGUUGGAUGCAUGCUGAGGGACAUCUAUAACUUCUGUCAUCGCUACAAGCAGGAAACAGUCGCUGCUGGUGAUGCUCAGACGGUGAUCCGUCACAUGAUGGCGCGGCAAGAGAGAGACCCAGAUUAUUUCUUCAAAUACUUGGUUGAUAAAGAUGGGCAUCUGAAGGGAUUGUUCUGGUCCGAUACUCAAUCCCGCCUUGACUACGAGGCUUUCGGUGAUGUUGUGGUUUUUGAUAGCACAUAUAGGACCAAUAAGUACAAUCUACCAUUUGUUCCGUUUGUCGGGUUGAAUCACCACCGCAGCACAGUUAUCUUUGGAUGCGGGAUAAUAUCUCAUGAAACUAACGAGGCGUACGAGUGGAUGUUGCGGACAUUUUCUGAAGCCAUGUUGCAGAAGCAUCCGAUAUCUGUAAUCACUAAUGGGGACCUUGCAAUGCAAAGAGCGAUCAGGGUGGUGUGGCCUGACUCAUACCACAGGCUGUGCGUAUGGCACAUUCAGCAGAACAUCGUACGCCAUUUGCAUGAUGAUGAGGUUAGGGAAGAAUUCAGAUCUUUCAUAUAUGACUCGUCUUCUAUUGAAGAGCAUGAGAGAAAAUGGAUAGAGUUCUUACGAAGGAAUGAAGUGACAAGUGAGGAGUCAUGGUUGCAUCAGAUGUAUCAGAUGAGGAAGUUGUGGUGUGCUCCAUACCUGGUGGGGCGCUGUUUCUUAGGAUUGAGCAGCAAUCAGCGGAGUGAGAGCCUAAACUCCAUGCUACAUACACAUCUUGAGGGUAAGAUGACCUUGUUUGAUAUGUUAGAGCACUAUGAGCGUUGCCUUUCGGGACGACGCUUGAACGAGGCGAUCCUAGACAUCGUGGCCUUGCAGUCCAUUCCAUUUACAGACGCUGAUGCUUCAAGUCUCGAGAAACAUGCUGCCCGGGUUUUCACGCCUUGUAUGUUUCAGUUGGUCAGAUGGAGCAUAAAUGCUGUCAGCAAAUGUGUUAUCAGCGAGAUACUAGAUGCAUGGGAGUUGACUACAUAUGUUGUGGCUAAGAUCGAUAGAAGAGAGAAGAAGUUUGAAGUGCGCUGUGAGAUGAAGGAAGGUUCUUUGUAUAGGAUAAGUUGUUCUUGUCGUAAGCUGGAAUGCUUGGGAACACCAUGCUCUCACAUAUUCUACAUCUUGGGAAUACGUCAAGUGGAAGUGCUGCCUAGGUGUUGUGUUCCCAUGAGGUGGACGAUGAGUGCGAAGUCUGCAUUCCCUCCGACCAGAAAGAGUGAGAUGUACGACUAUUCGGCAAGCCUUGUGAGGUACCGUGAGUUGCGGAAUUUGAGUCACGUAGCAUGUUUCCGGGCAUGUCAAUCUAGUGAGGAGUAUCAGCGUCUGAAGAUGAUUCUGAGUGAACAAGUUGGCAGCAAGGAAUCAAGCCGUGGUCAGGAGGAAUGCAUUAGGUUUGGUCCGGUGCUACCACAGACGACGGAAAUUGAUUGUGGAGAUUUGGAAAAGGUUCUGGACCCAGUGCAUGUGCAAGGCCGAGGUGCACCGAAGAAAAGGUUGCAGGCAAAGAUGAAGAAGCAAAGGUCAAAGAGGAAAUGUGGCUACUGUGGGGUGGAAGGUCAUGAUCGGCGUACAUGCAAUAAAUUGAAAGAGCAAACUGUUAGCUACAACUCUCUGUACAAGGCCAUUGGCAAAAUGGACGCAGCUGCUGAGCCUCAAGAGAGUGAUGUUGUGUUGCUGGCGAAGUGGCCCACCCGCCUCUAUCCUAUGUGA